AUGGACCACUCUCCUCCAUACACAGACACCUUAUCCUCGCGUUCUUCUUCUGAAUCCAUCGCCGUCAAGACCCCUUCCGACAGCGAACAUCCUUCGCCCCCCAAUACGUAUAUCGCCACCAAAGCCGCCUUCCCCGUUCUAUCAUCCCACUUUGAGAAGUCUUCAAAACGCGCAGAUUCAGCACCUGUUCCACCCAUAGCCUUUACUCGACGCAGGCGAGAGACUAACAGCAGCCUUGUGUCGAUUUCUUCACAAUCGUCCCAGGUUUCCCUCUUGCGAAAAACACUCAUGCUUGUCACGUCAUCAUCAUCAUCAUCCUCCUCCAAGCCCCGUUCUGCUUCUAUGCGUUCUGCCAGCGGCCUGGGUUCCGAACGCACCCCCAGCCUGGUGACCUCGACCAGGCGGACUUCGGUCUCCUCACUUGCGUCGACAGCUCUUUCUACCCCUGCAUCGGUUUCUAUGUGCCCGGCAUUCACGGAUGCAGCGUCGACCCUUGUGGACUCUCCCUACGCGCUCACGGCGGAUGCCACUACCGCACUUUCACCGACCAGCAUUAGCCCAUCCCUUGCCCAAUUUUCUCCAACACCCGCCGCGACGGAUAGUUUGCAACAGUUUGGAAUUGCUCACGCACGUUCGAAAACGGUCCCACGGUUGCCCGAGGUGAGGAGGAAACGCAGUCGAGCUCGCACGACCAAUAAUGACGGCGUGACCCGAAAUGACCUGCAAGAGUCAGCAAGACGAAACAAUAGCAGCUGGUUUGGAACGAAGAGUGACCUACCAUCGAUUGCACGUGCUAUUGAACCGGAUACACCCACGUCAUCGAUGGGAUUAGACGUGCCACAGGGAUCCCAGAGCAGAUUGGGCGUUCCUGUGUCCUGUGACCAGAUCAUUAGUCCUGGCCAUGCUCUCGCUGGUACACCACGACCAGAGUACCCAAUCCAGUCAUCCCAUACGGCACAACCGCCGGUCCUUGACAAGGGCAAGGGAAAAGUGACGGCAUCCACAUCAUACGCCACACUUUCUUGCAAUGCUACAGGCACCCUGGAUAAAAAAUUGUCCCCGGUGAUGUCUGCAGAAGUCAGGAACGGUCGCGUAUCACUUACUACCCGCCGAAGCCCUGGUUCGGAUAGCAAUCUACCCACACUCGAGGCUGUCGAGUCAGGUUCACGGCUCAUGCGUUCCAAAAUUGUCUGUUCGACAUGUGGCGACGUCGGCCCAGACUUCCCACGCUGUGGUCGAUGCAGCGAGGCGUGGUGUUCUCGCGAGUGCAGGGUUGAAGCCAAUCGGUCCACUGGAGGAAAACAUCGAUGCGCGGCUAGUGUUGCAUAG